AUGUCAAAACUCGAGAUCUCACUGGAAUACGCAAGCUUACGAUUGCCUGGUCAUUGUCCUCUGGGCGUCUGGGUUAUCCCUUCUCCUGAUGAUAUCCACCAUUGGUGCGGCACAUUAUUUAUACAUAGAGGAUACUAUGCGGGAGGGAUUUAUAAAUUUACGAUCAACUUCUCACGAAACUAUCCAUUUGACCAACAAACGCCUCAGAUCAACUUCCAGACAGAUUGUUUUCAUCCUUUAAUCGAUCAAGCCAACCACGGUCUCUUCAACCUCUCCCUGAAAUUCCCACAAUGGCUCCCUCACGAGAACUUUAUCUGCAAUCUACUUUAUUACUUGAAGUCUUGUUUCAAGAGGCCUGGUUUGGAAUCUAUUAUCGCGUCUGGUGACGAUUCGAUAGCCUUCAAUAAACAUGCCUUCAGGCUAUAUCGAGAUCAAACCGACGUCUUUGCAACACUUGCAGCACAGUCAUCGAGCCUCUCAAGUUCUCCAACAAGUCUCUAUGAUCAACCUUCAAGCUCCUUACAGCAAUCAAUUCCUACCUCUUCACAGAAUGAGGACCCAAAGAAACUUGGCUCGAAGGAUAACGGAGAGUCAAGAUCAAACUCAGCUAACAAAUCUAAACAUCUGAUCAAAUUCGAUCCUCUCGAUGACGAUCAAUUCAAGCAAUUAAGACAAAAGAUCUUCUUGGAAUUUUAG